AUGGCCGCAACUUCUCCCCUCCGCCCGUCUACUCCCUCACACCUACCGCUCGAUGCUCCUCGUCUUUCUCCGAGUCGAAUGCCUCCCGCCUUUGUUCCUCAGACUAUGCACACACCAGGUCAUCGAAAUCUUGAUGUUUUCUCUCCUGUUGAUCAGAAUGGCAGCUUUUGCUUUGACCGAGUAAUCAAAAGGGGCAAAGUCCAUCGCCGGGUUAAGAACAAAGGAGCUUGGAAGCCCUCCUGGAAGCCAGCUUAUUUAGUGUUACGCCCAAACCUCUUGUCGCUUUACCAGAAUCAAGACGAAACCGAUUUGAAAAUUUCAAUAACGCUCUCUGAAGUCACAACUGUUGCCCCGGUUCGAAAGCCGCACACCGAGAAUGUAUUUGGAGUCUUUUCUCCCUCAAAGAACUCCUAUUUUCAAGGUCUGUCUCCAGCUGAUACGGCGGAUUGGAUUGUUCAGAUUCGUCAGGAGGCGAGGACAGAGGAAGAAGACGACUUGGAUCUCCUCGCGCCACAAUUAUCGCGGAAUAAUGUCGAUCUCUCUCAUGUAUAUGAAUCCACCGAUUUAUCGGCGGACGAAAUGCAUAAUUCUCCUGACCACCAUGAAAUUUACUCGGUUACAGCGCCCAACAGGCCAAGAAAUGAAUCGCAAUUGGCUCCCCGGCAAAGACGGACAUCCACCCUUCAAGAAUACUCUGGAAAUGAGCACUAUACAACCUCAAAUUCUGAUGUUUCCGAUGCCCUCGGAAGCUCUCUGCCCAAGAAUUCUACAACAUCGCUCCAGAAACAACCAGCUUUGACACCCAUUGCAUCAUCACAGCAGCUCACUGCCCCGGCCGACGCCAAAGGUACCGCUCAGCAAGGGCCUCCAGUAUCCGGUCUUGAUCCAACUACUGAUCCCGAGCGUGUGAUACGUCACGGGCAUUUGCAGAUUCUCAAGUCAUACAAGACAGGCGUCAAGGGAUGGAAAUGGAUCUGGGUCGUACUGCGGUCUCGAAGUCUAGCCUUCUACAAGAACGAACAGGAGUACGCUGCUGUCAAGAUUAUCCCCAUGCGCUCAAUUAUUAACGCGGCGGAGAUUGAUCCAGUCAGCAAAUCCAAGAACUUCUGCUUCCAACUGAUUACGGACGAUAAGUCGUAUCGGUUCUCUACGCCAGAUGAGGAUGACCUUGCAAAGUGGCUGGGUGCAUUAAAGAGUGUGUUGAGUAAGCGCAACGAGGCAGAGAAAGCGCUAGCGAAAGGCAAACAAAAAGGAAUUGUGGAAGCAACUGCUGCAAUGUCUCUGCGAUAA